CCUCCCACCACCCCCUCACCCUAAUCGUGGCCACCACCCCAAUCCCAAUUUCCACGCCCAACACAUCCAAAAUCACCCUCGGAAUCGGCCUCCACGGAACCCUCCCCUGGCCACGGAUCAAAGCCGAUAUGUCAUUUUUCGCGCGCGUCACCUCCCACCCCCAACCCCCGGAACCACGAACGCGAUGAUCAUGGGCCGGAAGACCUACGAUUCGGUCCCCGCACACCUCCGCCCACUCGCCAAGAGAAUCAACACCGUGAUUACGAGGGAUGUGGAUGGGGUUAGGGAUCGAGUUAAGAGGGAAUUGGAGGAACGGAAGAAGAAAUUGGCUGCAGCUGCUUCUACUGGUGCAGGGGAAGGUCAGCCAGACACGGACGCGAUCGUAUGUGGGGGAUUAGAUGAGGCGAUGAAGGAGUUGGAGGGCACGUAUGCGGAGAGAUUGGGGAAGGUGUUUGUGAUUGGUGGGGCGGAGAUAUAUGGGGCUGCGUUGGGGGUUAAGGGGGUGGUGAGGAUUGUGAUGACGAAUGUGGAGAAGUUGGGGUAUAGGGAGAAGGGGGAGGUGUUUGAAUGUGAUACGUUUUUUCCGGUGGAUGAGGAUUUGUUGGAGGAGAAGAAGGGGUGGAGGAGGGCGAGUGCGGAGGAGGUGACGGAGUGGGUGGGGGAGACGGUGACAGGGGAGUGGAGGGAGGAGGGUGACGUGAGGAUUCAGAUGGUUGGGUAUGAGCGUUUGGAGUGAGGAGGGGUGUUGGAGGGAUGUCCGCGGGCGUACAUCUCGUGAUUGAACGGUUCUGAUUAUACGGAGCAGGAAGAAAAGGAAUGUACAAGUUCAGUAAGUCUAUCUAUCUAUCACAUGUAGGUCCAAGACAGGCAUAUGUGCAGUCUAGAUAAAUCAACUAGCCUCCCUAGCAAUGCUGGUCAAAUCAGUAUGCUCGCUGAAAUAACAAUCAAAAACAAUAUCAAAACUGCAAACCAACUCGCUAAUAUACAAGCUCAUGGAGUAUCGUGCACUUGGCAUCGGAUGCAGA